ACCAGCUAGCUCCGGCAUCGUUUGCGAACGCCUCGCCUCGCCUCUUCAAGCCGCGCCACGGCUCGCAAGUGGUCAGCGCCCUCACGACAGAUGCUCUACUAACAGCCUAGAGUGGCGCUCGGAGAACAUACGUGUACAUAAUCAGCCGAGGCAUAGACGUCCAACAGAGCGCUCUAACUCACAAUCAAGCAACUACUAUGGAGACCACCGCCGUUGUUUCCAGGCAAAAGCGAGGUCGAGAGACGUUCCUAGAAUGUGCAAGCCGCUUGAGCUUAGACGACAUGCUGCGAGAGCAGCUUCAGAAGCUCCUCGCUGCCCGGCUCGCGCAGCAGCAACAGCGCAUGCAGCUCGAAACAUCCCAGAUGAUGCGGCAGUCACCACUGGCAGCAGAGCCGCCGCUCGCGAUGCGGCCAGUCACUGGCCUGACCAAGAGGCAGAGGUUAGACGCGUAUUUGUCGUCCUUCGUCGUGCCAACUCCAGAUUCAUCGCCCACGAAGCAGUCCGCUCCCGCGGAUCACUGUACCCUCGCCAGCGCUCAAGACCGUUACUACUGCGCCGGCCCGCCGUUGGUCGGCGCCUGCAGCCCGCGCGAGUCAGUUUCCAUCGCGCCGCCGCCCGCUCCCGUUCUCGACGUUGCCGAUAUCAACACGCUCGUGCGACGGUCGUCGUCGUCGCUGCUCGCCUCGGAAGGGAGCCUCACGGACGCGGCGAACAUGGCGAUGGGGUUACCACAGUGGCGACGAUCGCCGACCUCCGGGGAUCCGUCGUCAAGUGCUCCUUCGUGCAACGUCGACGUGCGAUGGCAGGGAAACCACACGCCGCCGUUUGCUGGGCUCCUGGAGCAGCUGCGCAUGCAGCAGCAGCAGCAGUCGAUGCAGCAGACGCAACACGUGCCACGUGGGGAUGAGCGCGGCUUGCUGUCGCAGCAGAACCAGCAGUCGCUGGGGGCUUACAACAGCAACAGCCACGGCGUCGUCGCAUUUGUCGCACGGCAGUCGCCCGUCGUGGUUGAGUCACAGCAGCUGCUUAGGUCGCACAUCGAGGCGGUGGUGCACUCCAAGGUGCAGUCGGCCGUGGACGAAGCGUCUGCAAGCAGGCGAACCAUCGCAGCUCUCGAGGCGAAAGUUGCCAUCCUAUCAAACGAGCUCGUCCAGUCGCAGCGGAAGCUCGCGGCUUCACGUUCGCAGAGUGCAGCCCUAGAGGCGAGUCUCGCGAGGUCGCAGUUGGCCUUGGUGCAGGCGACGAUUAGGGAGGGCUAUGGCGACAGUGACGAGGCGAGUAACGGGAGUGGUCCUGACCAGCCAUGCUGCUCGUCGUGCCAUUAGCCAGCAGUGCAAGGGCCCUUCGGAUUAGAACUAUCAUUUGGCAU